GUUCAUUUCAGUCAUUUGAUAACUCUGAUACUGAGUGAUCUGAUUAGUAUUAUUUACACUAAUACUAAUUUUCGUCUAAAUUCCAGACAAUUUAAUUAUAUUUUAAUUAGAUCGCAGCUUACCUUGUAAUGUCACAUAAAAUUCUGACCAAUUUGAAAUGUUAUAAAUGAAUCUACUUCUUCUUCCAAUGCUAAACUGUGAUGAAACCAGUAACCGUUUGGGCUUUAUUUAUAAUAUUUAUUGUAACUAGUUAUGUCGAAAGUUAUGGUAUUUUACACAAAAUUCUAAAAGUUAGCGAAGAUGCUACCGUCGAAGAGAUGCGUUUAGAAUUCCAUAAAUUACUCAGACAAUGGUAUAAAGCCAGCAAAUCGUUUAGUUCGGAAUCGGAAAUAUUACAUCUGAAAAUAGUUCAAGCUUAUAAAGAACUGAAAACCGAUAUGGAUAUGGACUUUCGUGAUAAACAUUUACUGACGUCUGAUUAUUAUAGAGCUACGAUACAAAAUUUGGAUAUGGAUGUGCUUCAUGGUAUAUCUGUUCCUUUGAGAUUAUACAACACAGAAUUGAUGCAGAACAGUAAUAAAAGUCUUCAUUUGGUUUUAUUUUAUACCGUUAAUUCCUCCAGUACUCGAGUAAUACACGAAUGGUUCAAUCUAUUGGAAAUUCUUACACCAUUGGGUGUUGUGAUGGUGACCAUAAAUCUGGAUAAAGAAAGUUUCGAAGAUUCUAAAAAUAUCAUAGGAGAGUAUCCUACUUCUUUCCCAUACCUUUUAUUGCUAGUUGAUGGCGUAGCCAUUCCUUAUGAUAGUGAAUUCUAUGAUUUUCUGAUAAUGGAUUUUAUUCGCAAGAAUCUACCUACCGAUUUAAUGCAAAUAAUUUCCGAUAAAUCUGCGAAUAAAUUCCUCAAUUCGUGGCAUACCGAUAAUAAAGUCAGAGCGUUAUUAUUUCAACAAUCAUUACCAGUUAGGUUACAGUAUCUUCUGAUUGCUUUCCUUCAUCGCAAUAGUGUGUUGUUCGGAUUUAUCGAUAUGUCAAAUGAUAACACGAUAGAGAUACGACAGAAAAUGAACGCGUCACGUAUUUUUGAUACGUUACUAUUAUUUAAAGAAAAUCAAGAAAUACCUUGUAAAAAGCUCAGCUUACCUGUAAUACCUGCAAAAGUUCUGAAUAAUACUCUAUUUGAAAACAGUUUCUUGACAUUGCCUCGAAUCACUUCGCAGGAAAUGUUCGAUACCAUUUGCCCGAUAAAUUCGCAAUAUUCCAAAAUCCAAGCCUCGCUGUGUAUAAUUCUAGUCAUUGAAAAUUCCUUGCAUGGCCGCGAAUUCGACCCAAAAACCGUAUUUCGAAGAUUCAUCGAAGAAUAUUCUCGUCAUUUUAAAGAAGUCUCGUUUAUGUACGUUUAUAACGAUUACCAACCAGGAUUCGUUUUACCGAUAGAAGACGAGUUUACGAAAAAUUUAGGCAAUGCGCCUCAUGUUAUCGCGUUGAAGAGAAUCGAUAAAGAUCACGUGAAAUAUAUGUUGCUGAUGAACGGUCAUAGUAAUUGGGAAGAUUAUGAAAAUAUGAAGGAACGUCUAAAGCUUUCCAUCGAAGAAGUUAUCGACGGAAAACAGUCAUUGCUAUUGGAUACGUUUAAAUUGAACGAAUUCAUCAACGAAAAGCCACCCGGAUUGAUAUACAGAAUUAUGCACAGACUGCAAAUGUACAUAAAUAAAAUCACGUUGGAAAAUUUCCUCCCUUAUGUGAUAUUCGUCGUUACAGUAAUUUAUUUCGUGGCUUAUUUCUCGACCCAUUGGCGUAAAAUCCGAUGGACUGAAAUGAACUUGAAAUGGUUCGAUGUAUUAUUACUGAGUAUGAAUAACUUGAUGGGACCGCCCGAAGAAGAAAAAUACAAAAGAAGUUUCGAAUUGAAAAAACGUGUUCCAAAUUGUCACAAAAAAGAUGGGCUAUCGCCAGAAGUGUUCUUGAAAAAUGGUAAAUGCAUAACUACUAGUCGCGAGCUUCGUUUACACGAGCUGAAAGCUGAAACCUAUAACGGUAUGGUGAGAUUACUCAAGCCAGGAUGUCGCACCAUAAUAUUGAUGUUUGAUCGUGUUCGAGCUGAUUUAUUAGUAUCGCAGUUUUAUAAAGCUGUGUGGCCGUAUCGCAAGAAUAAAAAUUUACUAUUCGGAUACGCGAAUAUGGAGAAGAAAGCUUCGCUGGAAUGGUAUUCAGAAUUAGUCAAGGCUUGUCUUCCAGAGCAGCAAGAAAUUGAAAUUAAUCCAUAUUUUUGUGCCGGAACUGUACUAGCGUUAUCUGGAAUGAGAAAGUAUUUCUGCCUGUAUCAUAUAAAACAUCCGGGCAUUUUGCCUAGUAAAGAAAAAGCUGAGAAUUUUGUUAAUAUAUCUACAAAAUUCACCACCUACACGGACGAAGAGCUAUUAAAAGGUUUACGAGAAUGGCUGGAUAAAUUAUUCGACGGAUCGGGCUCCGUUAUCCGUUAUCGUGUCAACCAUUGGCCGGAAUUCAAAAUUCUAUAAUCUCGAUUCUCGAUGAGCCAAGCAUUUCUGCCGUUUUAUCGCGUAAGAGAUUUAUUUUACAUUUUUUAUUUAGCACAAACGUUUUUAUCCAAUUGUAAGCUCUUUGUUUCUUCAAAUGUUCAGUGUUCUGUACCUCCCUUUAUUUUUAAACGUUCUGUUCAUCGUGUAAAUUUUUUUUGUUUUGUUCGCCGCGGCACGAUAUUUUAAAUUAUUUGUGAGCUAUUUCAUUUUUAUACCUAAUCAUUUUUGCUAAUUUGUAAAUCGUCAAUUUUAAGACAUCGUUGUGUAUUUUUGUUGUUAUAGUAUUUGUACCUUUUUUUUCUCCUCUUCGACAUUACGAGUAGGUAGUUUAUUUAUGUUGAUUGGAUGAUCAUUGUAAAUUCCAACGGAAUUCGAACUUUUUAUCCCUAUUGUUAGAUAAGUGAUAUGCUUAUAUGUACCAUUGUACCUAUUACGUAUGUCAGUUUAUACUAGCUAAUUGCAAUAUCAUCUGGUUUCCCAUGACGAACAAACCUAGUCCAAAUUGCUGUGUAGAUAGAGGAAAGUUGACUUGUGAUUUCGACGCUGUAAUUCCUCGAAUUCAUUUUCGGCUGUAGAUUUUAAUUUUAAUUUUUCGUUUUAGUUUCAACUUUUGAUUUUAUGAUCAGAAUUUUCAGUUGAAUUGUCAGUUUAUGAUUUUAUUUUCAGUUCUAAACUUCGUUUUCAGAGUUUUUGGUUUCAUUUCAUUUUUUAAAUUCAUUUUCAAUUUUCAAUUUUUUGUAUGAUUCGGUUUUUGAUUUUAUUUUAGGUUAAUUUUCAGUUUUCAAUUAACAUUUUAACUCUUGAUUAUUUCAUUUUUUUGCUUUAUUUUCAAAAUUCUCAAUUUUAUUCUCAGUCAGUUUCUAAUUUUAUUUUCAGAUUUCCGUUUUAUUCACAUACUUGGUUGUAAGUUUUAUUUUCAAUUUUCUUAUAUUUAUUUUCAAAAUUUCCAAUUUCAUCCCAAGUUUGCAAUUUUCUUUUUCGAGUUUUUCGAUUCAACUCCCAAUGUCGGAUUGUUCAAAAUCCUUGUUAGUGUUGCCAACACUCAAAAACCCAAUUUCACUUUUCGCACUUGAAGGUGACUGCGCAGUAUAAGACAACUUUCCCCUAUAAGUAAUAACUUUCGCUUUAAUUUAUUAUAACUGCCGGACCAUCAUUGUACCUAUUUUAUUUUAAGCGUUGAAAUUUGUUCAGGUUAGUUUUACUUAAUUUCUUUUUCACUCUUUAAUGUCAUUUUAUCUACAAAGUAAUACAACACUCAGUAUUCUCUACCGAAUGAAAAAUACUACCUAUUUUAUUAUUAAUUCUAGUCAAGUCAGCGCGUUAUCUUUAUUAGUCUCAAAUCUACGUCAUUUUUUAAAAAUUAAUCUAUGUGUACAACGUUUUAAUUAAAGCAUUUUGAAUAUCGUUGA